GGAUGGAUGUGUGGGUUGUCUUGUCUCACCAGUAGGGGUCAGCAGACUGCAGGUUACUUCAGUGGUUGUAUCUUUCCUUCCUGCCUGUUUCCAACUCUGAGCACACAUAGGUGUAUUAGAGAAGUUGAGACCAGCAACAGCAUCUUCAUUACACAAAGCAACACAAUGCAGGAAUGCUGCUGUGCCUUCUUCAUGUGACAGCAUACAAUGAGACAGUGAGACAUGCAACAGCUGUCCAUGUGUAAAGAAGACAUUUUCUUUGGUGAACAGCAGAAGUGGAAUCAGAGUGUUAACCUGGAGUCAGAGCCUUCAAACAUUAAAGAGGAACAGCAGGAACUCUGGAUAAAUCGGAGGGGAGAGCACCUUCAUCAGCUGGAGGAGGCUGAUGUCAACAAGUUCCCCUUCACUGUGGUCCAUGUGAAGAGAGAAGAUGAAGAAAAAUCUCUGGUGUCAGAGUUCCAUGAAAGCCAAACUGAGAUCACAGAGGCAGAACUUCAAGUGAGCAGCUCAACUAACCACAGCAUAGUUAAACUAGAAGUUGAUGGAGAGGAUAGUAGAGGACCACAACCAUUUAACACCUCUGGCCCAUGUAGUCAUUUACAACUACAUCCCAAACAUACAAGUACAGACUGUGAUGAGACUGAGACGGAUGGAAGUUUUGAAUGGGAGCAAUCCAGGGAACCUCAUUCAGCCCUUAACUGUUUGAAAAACAGAGACAUCUCUGUAAGUGACACCAGAAUUAAUAUUGCCAAAAAACAUUUUAGCUGCCCUGAAUGUGGUAAAACAUUUGGUCAAAAGAACAAUUUAAACACACACAUGAGAAUUCAUACAGGAGACAAACCAUUUUGCUGUUUUGAGUGCGGUGAAAGAUUUCGACAAAAGGGUAAUCUGAACACACACAUGAGAAUUCAUACCGGAGAGAAACCGUUUGGCUGCAGUGAGUGUGGUGAAAGAUUUGGACAAAAGAGCAAUCUGAACACACACAUGAGAAUUCACACAGGAGAGAAACCAUUUAGUUGUUCUGAAUGCGGUGAAAGAUUUGGGCACAAGAGCAGUCUGAGCAAACACUUGAGAAUUCAUACAGGGCAGAAGCCAUUUGACUGCUCUGAAUGUGGUAAAAGCUUUGCACAAAAGAGCAGUCUGAACACGCAUAUGAGAAUUCAUACGGGAGAGAAACUUUUUUGCUGUUCUGAGUGUGGCAAAAGAUUUAGAGAAAGGGGCACUCGGAACAAACACUUUAGAAUUCAUACAGGAAAUAAACCAUUUGGCUGUUCUGAGUGUGGUAAAAGAUUUGGACAGAAGGGAAACCUAAGCAGGCACAUGAGAAUUCAUACAGUAAAGAAGCCAUUUGGCUGUCUUGAGUGUGGUCAAAGAUUUGGGAACAAGAAGAGCUUGGACAAACAUAUGAGAACUCAUAUGGGAGAGAAACCAUUUAGCUGUUCUGACUGUGGUAAAAGAUUUGGACAAAAGGACAAUCUG